UAAAUUCAAUCGAAAUUAGUACAUCAAGUAGUACACAUCACAAUUUGUUUGGAUCUGACUUUUUUAGCCGAAAAGUUACAAAUUCAUUGAAAAAUAUAUAUAAAUGUUUUUUAUAAACGAAAUUGUGAAAUAAAAUGCAGAGGAUUUCGCCGCUCGUGAUUUUUAUUGUUGCAUCGUUUACAUUGGUUGGCUUCGCCAGUUGUGUGCGUUUGUAUACAAUUGUGGCACCUCAACACAUUCGGCCACAUCAUUCUUAUAAAGUUUCGUUAACACUCCAUGACGAUAUUGAACCGGUCACUAUUCGCCUGAGCAUAGAAGAUGGAUUGAACUAUAAAAAUGAAAGAAAUAUCACAAUCACAUCAAAUAAGACCGAACUAGUUGCAUUGUAUAUCGACAAUUUAAAUGCAUCAAAAGGUUAUAAAUUCGUGGCAGAAGGCCUGACGGGAAUUAUUUUCCGAAACGAGGCGGAAUUAAAAAUUGAAUCGAAGGAUGUAUCAAUAUUCAUUCAAACUGAUAAAGCCAUUUACAAACCAAGUGAAACAAUAAAAUUCCGUGUCUUGGUGCUCGAUUAUGAAUUGAAGCCGAUCACGUUGCAAUUAGAUAGCUCGCUCGACAUCUAUUUUACCGAUCCAGAGAAGAAUCGCAUCAAACAAUGGCUCAAUGUGACUUUAAACAAAGGCGUAUUCACCAGUGAAGUUAUGUUGUCCGAAUCGCCAAUAUUGGGCAACUGGAAAUUUGAAGCGCGAAUUGGAACAGAGAAAAAGGCGAGAGAAAUCGAAGUCGCCGAAUAUGUUUUACCAUUAUUCGAUGUCAUCAUUGAUUCGCCGUCGGAAUUUUCAGCCAAAAAUGACAAAAUUCGGGCAAUCGUUCGCUCAAAAUACACUUAUGGAAAAUUUGUGAAAGGUGAAGCCACAGUAUCACUUAGUUCAACCUCACAAAAUGCAGCAAUGAAACGACGAAACGAAAUCAUAAAAACCAUUCCUAUUGAUGGUAAAGGAACAGUUGAGUUUGAUGUGGAAAAUGAUUUAAAAGAAAUGUUCACAAAAACUGAAAGUAAAAAGAGUUUCGAAUUGAAAGCAAGAGUCAUUGAAGAACUAACCGGUCUCAAUCAAAGUACAUCGAAAAUAAUUACGCUACAUCAGACGCGCUACAAAAUUGAAGCAUUGGAUUUACGUCAUGAAUUCACACCGGGAACACCAAUUAAGUUCUCAAUACGUGUUAGUCAUCAUGAUAAUUCACCAAUUCUUUUGAAUGAAGCCACUAAAACGAUCAAAAUUCAAAAAAAUCCUUGGUUUUAUGUCACCAUUUCCAAUCCACCAACAUAUUAUACAUUUGAAUUGAAUCAAAGUACCACCGCCGUCAAUAUUGAAAUACCAACACUUUCAAAUGGAAUGAGUUUCGGCCUGAAAGUUAAAUACAUGGAUGAAGAAUUAGAUUUGGGAAGAUUCAAUCCAGCGACCGUUAAGGAACUGGAAACAAAAGUAUUGACUAAGAGUCCGAAAUUAAAUGAAAAUAUUGUUGUUGAAGUGAAAUCAAAACGUUUACUUCAACAUUUUACAUAUCAAGUGAUUGGCAACGGUCGACUGAUUUAUGCCGAAAAUGUUGUUGUUCCAAAUCGCACAGAUCACGUAAUCAAAUUCAAGGCGACCUUUGAUCUUGUACCAAAAGCAACGCUGAUUGUUUAUCGGGUCGAAAAUAGUGACAUUAUUGCUACCAAAAAUGAAAUUUCAAUUGACGACGAUUUAAAUAAUUUCGUUAAAUUGAAAUUAUCAACCACCGAAACGCAACCAAGCACAAAUGUAAGCAUCGAUGUUAGUACUAAUGCAGAAUCGUACGUUGGUUUAGUUGGAGUUGAUCAAAGCGUAUUGCUGCUAAAGAAAAACUUUGGUUUAACGAAACAAGAUGCAUUCGACGAAAUUAUCAGUUUUCAAAAGAAUCUCCAUCCGACGAAAACUGGACCAUGGAAUGUUAAAUCACCAAAGUAUUUAAACGAAUACUUCCGACCAUUUGAACAUACCAAUUUGAUUUUAUUCACCAAUGCAAAACAAGAAAUAUACAAACCCCCAACUUACGUUUUACCAUACGAUCGAAAUUGUAAUCCUUUUGAAUACGACCCUUUUAACCGUCGUCUAUGUAACUAUAGACCGUGGUUUCCAAUAAACCAUACGCCUAGAAAUCCUGCAUUUAGGGAUUCUGCAUUUGGACAUUCUGCAUUAAUAUCAAGCGUUAGAUCACAAAGUUCUCCAAGUUAUCCUCAUUCUGCAGCCAGUUCAUAUCCAUUCAAUGCAUAUAAUUUCGCACAAUCUUCGUUACCUACUAUGCCAUCGUAUAGUUCGUAUAGUAAAGUAGUAGACAAAUUUGAAGAAACGUCACAUGCUCCAGUUGAACCAACAAGAAUUCGAACUGAAUUCCCGGAAACAUGGCUGUGGGAAGAUAUUGACAUGAUCAAUCCAAAUGGAACAUUAACACUCAGCAAAAAAGUACCAGACACAAUCACGUCAUGGGUGAUCAGUGCUUUCUCAGUUAGCCCGCAAUUUGGUUUGGGUUUGACUAAAAGUCCAAAGACAUUGAAUGUAUUCCAGCCAUUUUUCGUAUCUUUGAAUCUUCCGUAUUCCGUGAAACGUGGCGAAGUGGUUGCGGUGCCGGUGGUCUUAUUCAACUAUUUGAACACGGAUAUUACUGCUGAAUUGGUUGUUCAUAAUGAAAAUGGUGAAUUUGUAUUUAUCGAUGAUAUUGAAGGCGAUCAAUUGUCUCGCAAGCGUCAGGUGUCCGUUGACUCUGAUUCGGGUGUAACACAAACAUUCCUCGUCCGAUUCACUUCCAUUGGACAAAUUCCAUUGAAAGUGACAGCCACUUCUGCUGUUGCUGGCGAUGCUGUUAUCCGAAUCUUACAGGUUGAUCCAGAAGGUGUUCCACAAUUCAUCAACAAAGCAAUGUUCAUUGAUUUGCGUGAAUCCGAUAAAUUUGAAACGACUCAAAUGGUUGAUGUUCCCGACAAUGCUGUGCCCGAUUCGUUGAAGAUCAAUGUGAACGCAAUUGGUGAUUUACUCGGAGGAACAAUACAAAAUUUGCAUCAACUCAUUCGAUUGCCAACUGGCUGCGGAGAGCAAAAUAUGCUGAAAUUCGUUCCAAACAUAGUUGUUUUAGAUUAUUUAAAAGCGGUUGGAAAUCUCGAUGCGACAAUUAAAGAGACAGCCAUUAAAUAUCUCUUGACUGGAUAUCAACGCGAGUUGACUUAUCGUCACAGCGACGGUUCGUACAGCGUAUUUGGCAAAAGUGAUAACAGCGGAAGUACAUGGUUAACGGCAUUCGUUGCAAAAUCAUUCAAACAAGCCGAAGAGUACAUUGAUAUCGAGAGUGAUGUAAUUGACAAGGCUCUUGAAUUCCUAAGUAGGGGUCAAGCGGCUGACGGCAGCUUUCCCGAAGUUGGACGAGUAUAUGAUAAGGCGAUGCAAGGUGGAGCGAGCAAAGGAAUUGCUUUAACCGCAUACACCACAAUUGCUUUCUUGAAAAAUAAGCAAUCAAAGGACUGGAAAUAUGAAGAAGUCGUCAAUAAAGCUAUUAGCAAUAUCGUACAAAAUCUUAAAGACACCGCUGAUCAAUAUGCUUUAGCAAUCGCUGUAUAUGCACUCCAAUUGGCCAAUCAUUCCAUGAAGGAAGAAGCAUUGCAAGUCUUAAUUGACAAAUCAAUUGCCAAAGAUCAAAUGAAAUGGUGGACUAAUUCGAAACCAAAUGAACGUGCAUCGGAUACAAUCGACGUUGAAAUCACUUCGUACGGAUUGCUUGCACUCAUUGAAGGCAAACGAUAUGUCGAAGGCCUCCCUUACUUCAGAUGGCUAUUGAAUAAGCGAAAUGAUCGUGGAGGAUUCACUGGAACACAAGACACGGUUAUUGGAUUAGAAUCAUUGGCGGCAUACAGUCGAUUAAUAUCAAGCAAGGCUAAUAAUGUGGAGCUCAGAAUCCAUGGUGACAAUCGUUCUGAAGACCGUAUACUUACCGUUAAUAAUGAAAACGGAUUGGUUUUGCAAACCAUUGAUUUGCCAUCGAACACAGAAUCGGUUCAACUUUCUGCUUCUGGCCGCGGAUUCGCUUUAUUCCAACUUUCCUAUCGAUACAAUCUAAAUCAAAGCGAUGUUUAUGAAAUGUUCACAUUGAAACCAAAAGUGAUUGAAACCACUGCGGGUCACUUGAAUGUUGAGAUUUGCUCAAGAUUUAAUCCAAAGAGCGGCGAUGAAAAUCAUUCGAAUAUGGUGAUCGUUGAAGUUGGAAUGCCAAGCGGUUUUCUCAUUGAUAAAGAAAAAUUGAAUGAACUUCUGAAAAAGUCAAACGUCAAACUGGUUGAAACAACAAACGGUGAAACUGUGGCACAUGUUUAUUUCGAUCAAAUGUUGUCAAACGAAGAAAUUUGCCUGAAAAUUCAAGGAUAUCGUUCGCAUAAAGUGGCCGAAAAUAAACCGGUGCCAGUGAAAAUCUACGAUUACUAUGACAGCUCACGAAGCGCACGAGAAUUCUAUGAAAUUCCAUUCAUUAGCUCUUGUGACAUUUGUGAAGGGGACGAAUGCUCGAAAUCAUGCAAGGAAGAAAUGAAUUGAUUUUCCACCUUCAAACUAACUUUAUCCCACUUCAAGCGUACACCACAACCUUUUGUCUUUUUUUACAGAAUUUUCAAUACAAAAUGGAAUGAGCCUUUAGUUUAUAUUUUAAUCUAUAGAAAUGUAAUAGAAGAGAAAGAGAAAUGAAAAAGAAAAUGAUUUUUCCACCAUAAAUUAAAAAUUGCUUGAAUACGA